GGUUGUAACCGUAAAUAGGUCCGUCAGGCACCAGAGCUCAAUUCACACGCAAAGCCAGGAAAGUCCCAAACAACUUCAUCCGAGGUUGAGAAGGAAACAAUGUUUCCCCAUCAACCCUAAAGCUGGCCCCCCAAGAAGUAACAGAGGUGACGCAAAAUCCGACUUUCCCUAAGCGCUUUGCCGGGCUCCUGGCGCCAAAACAAACCAUCGGGUCCGUCCCCUACCGGAACUAUACGACACGUAAGCCGCGUAAUCAACAGUCCUCCGCCUCGCUAAAUAGUCCUGACUAGGAUAUCUCGGAUACACAGCUUUUCAUCUCAAAAGACCUUCCGGGAAUUGAAAACAAGCGUUAGAGGUGCAUCACCCUUCUAUUCGAAUAGAAAUGUGGAUUUUCUAAUCAUUUUCUCCACACAGAUUCCUCCGCCAGAAAUUAUAUCGCUGUCUUCACUUCCGGGUCCGCCAUUUUGUUACCUCCAUUUCUCCACGAGGGGGGGUUCAAGGCCCCCCAAAUAUGCAUAUAUGAAAAGGCCAAAAAGUAACCGUCACUGACAGGGAGUCUUAACUAGAGAAGAAAACGGGACCAAACUGGCAGGCUCGGUGAAAGCGCAGCCGGCAGCGUCCCGGACGAGAUUUCCUUGAGCCCGGCGAGAUCAUCCCAUUCUUCUCCCUCGUCCCAGAAGGACUUCUCUUUUUCUCUCUAAAAUACCUGUGGAAAAGAACAUUCUGUGGCUUACCUUCAACAUUUAACAACGUUUCUCGCCGUCUGGGAUCCUAUUUUCCUCCUACCGUUUGACCCCGCCCCAGUCCAGUAGAGAUGUUCUUCAGCAUCUUUUCUCAUACAGGCUUUGGUAACAGUGAAAGAACUGCCCCGCCCAGAUCCCUGUAUCAACAAACGUUAUAGCUUCCUGAAAACUUUUGUUCCUAUGCAUAAAAAUGUCUUUGGUGGACCUGGGGAAGAGGUUGCUAGAAGCAGCGAGAAAAGGCCAAGAUGAUGAAGUGAGAACGUUGAUGGCAAAUGGUGCUCCAUUCACCACAGAUUGGUUUUCCAAAUUGAGAGUCUCCUGUGGAUAUAUAGGUGGUAAUUGUAAGCUUGGAACAUCACCCCUCCACCUUGCAGCCCAGUAUGGUCAUUAUUCCACAGCAGAAGUGCUCCUUCGAGCAGGAGUUAGCAGGGAUGCCCGGACCAAAGUGGACAGGACCCCCUUGCACAUGGCUGCGGCUGAUGGACAUGCGCACAUCGUGGAACUGCUUGUUAGGAAUGGUGCAGAUGUGAAUGCCAAGGACAUGCUGAAGAUGACAGCUUUGCAUUGGGCCACAGAGCACCACCAUCGAGAUGUUGUGGAACUACUUAUCAAAUAUGGAGCUGAUGUCCAUGCUUUCAGCAAGUUUGAUAAAUCUGCCUUUGACAUUGCCCUGGAGAAGAACAAUGCUGAGAUUCUGGUCAUCCUUCAGGAAGCCAUGCAGAAUCAGGUGAAUGCUAAUCCUGAGAGAGCCAACCCUGUGACUAUGGCUGCCCCAUUCAUCUUAGCGCCGGGAGAAAUCGUCAACCUCACUAGCUUUGUUUCUUCAACCAACACCAAAACAACCUCAGGUGACCCCAAUGCCUCCUCAACAGUACACUUCUCAAAUUCUACCACCUCAGUGCUGGCCACGCUUGCAGCUCUUGCUGAGGCAUCAGCCCCCCUCUCCAACUCACACAGAGCCACAGCUAAUUCAGAGGAAAUCAUAGAGGGAAAUUCUAUUGACUCAUCAAUCCAGCAAGUGGUGGGGAGUGGAGGCCAGAGGGUCAUCACCAUAGUGACCGAUGGAGUCCCUCUGGGUAAUAUCCAAACUACAAUCCCUACUGCAGGCAUCAGCCAGCCAUUUAUUGUGACUAUGCAAGAUGGACAGCAAGUUCUAACUGUACCUGCUGGUCAGGUUGCAGAGGAGACUGUAAUUGAAGAAGAAGAGGAAGAAGCAGCAGAAAAGUUGCCACUGACUAAGAAACCAAGGAUAGAAGAGAUGACAAACAGUGUAAAGGAAAGCAAGGAAGGCACUGAAAGAGAGCUACUGCAGCAGCAGCUUCAGGAGGCCAACCGAAGAGCACAGGAAUACCGACAUCAGCUCCUAAAGAAAGAGCAGGAGGCAGAACAGUACCGCCUCAAGCUCGAGGCCAUGGCCCGACAGCAGCCCAACGGAGUUGAAUUCAGCAUGGUUGAAGAGGUGGCUGAGGUAGAUGCUGUAGUAGUCACAGAGGGGGAGAUGGAAGAAAGAGAGACGGAAGUGACUGGGGCAGGAGGGACCACGGAGCCUCAUACUGGAGUUUCCAUGGAAACUGUUUCAUCUUAAUAUGCAAGGGCCACAACUUGUACUGUGUCCAUCUUUUUCCUCUUUUUAAAAGAAAAUACAGAGGACAAACAUUGUAGAAAAAUUAAGAAUGUCCUUAAGAAGAAAACUAUAGCAGGGUACAAUUCUUGGGCUCAGGAAGGCGCUCUAUGCAACUGGAAAAUUCAAAGCCAAAUUUAGGGAACACUUCUUCUGAGGGACCAAAAGAAUGAGAACCAAAUUUCUCAGCUCACAUCAUUGCUUUAAGCAUAGAGGUAAAAGAAUGUUGGAAGUUGUGGGUUGAUUGUUUUUUAAAUAACUGACUUUCUAUCAAAAGAUUUUAAGAUGACAUUCCUAAUAUGGACACACCCAGAGCCUUUAAUAAUUAUACCAUCAUGUGACCUGAAAAUUUGCCUUAGAUUUAUGAUGUGUACCAGUUAGAGAAGAAAACUAAUUGGGAGAGGGGUUAGAUGCAAGCUUUGGGGAAGAGAAAGGAAUAAAUAUAUUCUGCUUCCAGAAGAGCAGGCACUACCCACUCCCCUGAGUUAAUUUCACUGAAAAGAAUUUUGUGAGCCAGCCGUAGCAGCAUAGCAGUUAAGUUUAGCACAGUCCUCUUCAGCAGCCCAGGUUCAGUGCCUGGGCGUGGAGCUACAUGGCUCUGUUAGCGGCCAUGCUGUGCUGGCAGCCCAUGUACUGAAAAUUAGAGAAAGAUUGGCAUGGAUAUUAGCUCAGGGUGAAUCUUCCUCAGCAAAAAAAAAAAAAAAAAUUGUGAUUGCUUGACUACAUUUGCAUCUAUUGUGUAUCCAUAGCUCACAUGGCAGUUUAAGAAACUGAAAUAGAAUUUUUAAAAAACUGGAAAGAAAACUUGUUUAUGUGGGAGAAGUGUAUAUAAAUCCAAAAUCCUCCAGGCUAUGCUUCCACAAUGCUGGAAAGUGGCCAAAAAGAGGCUUGUGGGGUUAUGAAACAAUCUGGCCUCAAGAUACAAACUUUGCUCUGGCUGAAUUUCAUAAAAUCGCAAUCAGGAGGGUAGUCUGUUGUUAAAACAACUUGCUUCCAAACAUUUAUUUAUGUAGUAUCAAGCUUUAAUAUCAACUUUUUAAUUUUAUGAAAUUUUGUUGAGUUUUCUAAGUGUGCCUUUCUGUGGAGCUUACGUGGUAUCCUCAUAUAUGCAAAAGAAGAAGUUGGGGAGAGAUGAAUGCUGAGGAUGUUGUGUGGUUUUUCCAUUUGAUUUGGGAUGAGUAAAUUGCUAUUUCCUUAAGGUCAAGCCUUGUGCAGAGCUUUUGUGCCUUAUAGGUGGUCACUGUGUGUUGGCAAAGGGAGUAAGAAUUAUCAGUGCCAUACAGUAAGGAACCAAAGAUUCUGGCCAGAUACUUUAUCUGCCUUAAUCCCUACUCUUCCACUAUUCCUGCUCCCUUUGCCUAGACACUUUUGGAAAGUGUUUCAUUGCUGGGUUUUCUUUGUGUGCCAGCUUGGAGUUUUUUCAAAAGAAAGGGAAUAUGGAUGGAGAGAGAGGUUGUGGAGAGGUUACAUUACAGAAGUUAUUGCCUUUGAAAUUGGGCCUCCAUCAUUCUAGACUUGCUUGCUUUGUUGUAAAUUAGAAGAAGAAACCAGAGAGAGAUGUGCCAAGUCAACAUUUGAACGACUGUUUAGAAUACAGUUUUCUUAAUUAGCGAUCAUGGGGAAAACAUACAUUUUUAAUUUGGAAUGAAACUUGACAGUUAACUUGGUUCUGUUUACCUUGAUUGGUGAACUAAUUUGCUGCAGUUUUCCAGAGGUGCAUAAUUAUUUGGGGCUCAAAAUAAACUGAAAACAUAACUCCCCAAACCAAAUUUAACAAAGAGAAUUGGCUGUUAGAGGCUUAUAGGCUAAAAUAUCAGUUUUGAAAUUAAUCUUGGCUACUAGCCACCUUAGCUAGGUUUUCUCUAUGGACUUGAGUAUUGAGCACUUCCCAGAUGAUCAGAGAUUACUCUGGACUGUUGGGGAUGACGGAGAAAUGCAAUGGAGGAGCCUAGGUAGGGGUGAGGGUAAAAUUGUGUCUUCUGUCAAUCGUCCUGUUUCUGUUUGUGAUCUGCUUCUUUUUUCUGAGUCCCUUUGUGAACCAGGUGCUAACAAUAAGCUGCUAUUGUGUGCCAUUUCAGAGCCUUAGCUUAACUAUAGAGGGACCAAGUAUCAUUUUAGAUGUGUUUUGUCUAUGUUCUUGGUGUAUAUAUUGACUUUAAUUCCCUUUUUUUUCCUUUCCUGUUAAGGGGUGGAGGUUAAUUCUAAGAAAGAUGUCCAGGCCCAACUACCUCACUCUCUGGGGUAGCUUCCGACUGGGGACAGGGAGUUUCCAUCCAAUACUCCCUUCUGGGCAUACAGAGUCCCUACUAUUUUGGGUAACUGUGUAGAGGUUUUUCAUUAUUCUCUUUCUGUAGGAAGCUAUCAUUCUCACCCAGGAAAAUCUCUAAUACAGCCCAAGUCAUUUUUGGUGAUGCGGUCUCUGACACAGGGAGUUAAAGGAAAGGUUAGGGUAGGGAGAGAGAGAAGGAAAUGUCUGGAAAGUGGUGAGUAGCAAAAAGGUAUUUAUUUACUUGGAAUAGACCUUAUAGCAUCUCAGAGAAGGGAAAUAGGGUUUGAUCUCCAGUUUUAUUGCCAUAGAAUGGUAGGUCAGGAUCACCUGAAGUAGUCAGAAGUUAAAUAUUAAAUGCAUAUCUUUCUGGAUCAGCCAGAAAGUUGGGAAAAUGUUGCUAAUCUUCUGGGUUAGGGAAUUCCAACUGGCUUUUGGUAAGGUUGAAUUACAGAGAAUCAAAUAACAGACAAGUGGUUCAGAGUUGGUACUUGAGCAGGAGAAACCUGGAGCCUAGGAUGGUUGCCUAGUUUAAAAUAAAGCUUCUCUGAAAAAAAAAAAAAAUCUGCUUUAACAAUAUCAGUAUUAAUAUAGGAAUUUUAGACUCUACAUUUGCAUUUUGGUCUUAAGCCUUCCCCAAAAAAAGAGAAAGAAAGAAAUCUUCAUAUAUCUGUUCUUGUUCCUGGCUUCAGGGAAAUUACUUAUAAAUGUGUAAAUGUACAUUCCCUUCCUAUCACUACCUCUGUGGGAUCUCGUAAUUGUAAUGCCAGAGUUGAGGUCUCUUAAUUGAAAUAAGGGAGGAAUUGGCUUUAGGUUUUCUAUAUUUUGAACUCAGUGCCUUAAAAGAUGUCCUUUUUCUCUCUCAGAUCUGUGUGUAGUUAUUUUUUGUUUUGCCUUCCCCUUUCUUCAACCUUACCAUUGCAUUAUUAAAAUUUUUGGGUCUGCUCAGUAAUAUUAGAAAUCUAUGGCAUACAAAAUGACUUUAUUUCUUGGUAUUGAUGUAAAAGAAAUGAAUUGACCAGAGGGCUUUCCUAUUGAAGUUAGGUAGUAUGUGACCAGGACAUUUUUAAUACUCCUUUGCUGGAUGUAUCUCAGAGCAUACAUUUAUAAACACACAGGGAUUUUCCCACUUUUCUCUUUGUUUAUUUGAGGUUCAACUCUAAAGUACCUGGUAUAACCUGGAAAUAUUUUUAUUUCAUUAAACACAUGAUAGAGGGUUUCUUUGGAUUCACUAAAGGGGCUGAGGAAGAAAAAGCAUUACUUUGGCCCUUUUCUGAGCGUGUGCUCUAAGAAGCAGUAAAGAGAAACCUGAGGAGUGAGUCUCCAGGGAGAGCCAGUACCUGGCUUUACAGAGAUUUGUUUAGCAUAUAGGGUGAUGACACCAUGUAGACUGAAAGAUUCAGAGCAGUGUUGGAGUAGAAAAGGAGCUGCCUUUCCACAGAGCAAGCCUCAUUCCCACGCCUAUGGCAGCUCUUUGGACUGGCGCUUGUAAAAUCUCCUACACCUCUGAACAGGAGAGAAACCCUAGAUAAAGGCCCACGGAGGAAGGAGCAGACAUUCUGUGUAUCUACUUUCCCAGUUUAGAAAUAUCAUCCUUUUGAAAAAUGAUUAUUUUGAGAAAGCUCUUAACAACAUUAUGGACCUCCAUAGCUAGAAGAUUUGAAGCAUAUAGGAAACUCUUCCCAGAAGUUUGAGUAAGAAUCAGUUUUUGUCCAAAUUUAUUGGAGGAUGGCCUCGUAUUCUCUACGCCUUGUGCAGACAUCUCUGUAUGGCCAAAAAAGAAGCUUUAGAAUGGAAUACAUGUCAAGAGCACCUGUAUGCUGCUCUAAGCUCUUAUCUGUCUCCAUUUUAUGUGAUGAAUAUUUUCCCCUUCUGAGUUAGUACUCUAUUUCCUAUGCCAAUAUAUUUAACAAGAGACUAGGAGCAAGAAGGAUAUGAAUUUGAAUUAAGUAACUCUGAGCCUCUGGUGCUGCCUUUGUUUGUUUUGUUUUGAGCAUCUCUAGGAUUAGGGGGUGGGGUGACAUUCCCAGACUCUACAGUAGCAAUUUGGCUUGUUAAUGGCAGGAAAUUGUGAUUCCCUAUCUCUCUCUCCUCCCUUUCCCCUCUAACUACUUCUGCUUCUGUAACCCCAUUGUUUUUUUCUCACUGAGUCUUUCCCAGGCACUAGAGUUUAAUUAGUAGGUCAUUUCUAAUCUAUGGGCCUUGUCUUUCCUCUUUCCACUCUCCUCUUUCCCUACUACUUAUUUUGUUUAUUCUGAAGUGGUUUGUUUCUGAGAAUUAAUCUAGGUUACACCCUGUAUCGUGUGCUUCUUAGUUGGUUUCAGGCAUCUUACUCUAUCAACAAUAAUGAUAGCAGGUCCCUUCUCUGGCCUGUGUACUAUCCCUCUGCCAAGGCCAUUUGUGUUGGUGGAGAGGAGAGUGGGUGGGGUGCCUAGGUUCUUCGCAAAAUGUCCUCAGUUUUUCAGGUUGUCUGACAGCUUUAUGUACAGUAUGUUUUAGGAAAACUUAAAUAUACUUCUUUUUAUUUAGGAUUUUAAUAAAAUAGGAUUUGAUUCUGA